CGCCGCCGCCAUCUCGGCGCCCAGACUCCAUUUCCCAGGCGGCGCCGCGGCGGGGGGGGCGAUGUCCGCCAUCUUACCGCUGCCUCCUCCCCCGGUGCGGCGGGAUUGAAUGAGCUCGCUGCCCGCCUGCCCGCGAAUCCAGCGCCAUGUCAGGCACCCCGAGCCGCGGCACCCCCGGCGGGACCCCGCUGUCGCCGACUCGCAUCUCCCGCCUGCAGGAGAAGGAGGAGCUGCGGCAGCUCAAUGACCGCUUGGCCGUCUACAUCGACCGUGUGCGGGCGCUGGAGCUGGAGAACGACCGGCUGGUGCUGAAGAUCUCGGAGAAGGAGGAGGUCACCACCCGGGAGGUGAGUGGAAUCAAGAGUCUCUACGAGUCUGAACUGGCUGAUGCUCGAAGAGUUCUGGAUGAAACCGCCAAAGAGAGGGCUAGGUUACAGAUCGAAAUAGGAAAACUGAGAGCGGAACUUGAGGAGUUCAAUAAAAGCUACAAGAAGAAAGAUGCAGAUUUGUCUGUGGCUCAGGGUCGCAUUAAGGAUCUUGAAGUGCUGUUUCACAGAAGUGAAGCAGAACUCAAUACUGUCCUGAACGAGAAACGCAGUCUGGAAGCAGAGGUGGCUGAUUUGCGUGCCCAGCUUGCUAAGGCUGAGGAUGGUCAUGCUGUGGCUAAGAAGCAGUUGGAGAAGGAGACACUCAUGCGUGUGGACCUGGAGAAUCGGUGCCAGAGCUUGCAAGAGGAUCUGGAUUUCAGGAAGAAUGUGUUUGAGGAGGAAAUAAGGGAAACAAGAAAACGACAUGAACAUCGUUUGGUUGAGGUGGACACGAGUCGCCAACAGGAGUAUGAAUCCAAAAUGACUCAGGCCCUGGAGGAUCUGCGAAAUCAACAUGAUGAACAAGUCAAACUGUACAAAAUGGAGCUGGAGCAGACCUAUCAGGCUAAGCUGGAGAACGCCAAACUGUCGUCUGACCAAAAUGACAAAGCUGCUGGUGCAGCUCGAGAGGAGUUGAAGGAGGCUCGCAUGAGAAUAGAAGCUCUCAACUACCAGCUCUCUGGCCUUCAGAAACAGGCUAGUGCUGCAGAAGAUCGCAUUCACGAAUUGGAGGAAAUGAUGGCUGGUGAGCGGGAAAAGUUUAGGAAGAUGCUAGAUGCAAAGGAGAGGGAAAUGACAGAUAUGAGGGACCAGAUGCAGCAGCAGCUUACAGAGUACCAAGAACUGCUUGAUGUUAAGUUAGCACUGGACAUGGAGAUCAGUGCUUACCGAAAACUCCUGGAAGGAGAAGAGGAAAGGUUGAAGCUCUCUCCGAGUCCCUCCUCCCGUGUUACCGUCUCUCGGGCUACCUCCAGCAGCAGCAGUAGCAGUACUUCACUUGUGCGCUCUUCCCGAGGCAAGAGAAAACGCAUCGAAGCAGAGGAGCUCUCAGGCAGUGGAACAAGUGGAAUUGGCACUGGAAGUAUUAGUGGCAGCAGUAGUAGCAGUAGCUUCCAGAUGUCCCAGCAAGCUUCGGCUACAGGAAGUAUCAGCAUAGAAGAGAUAGACCUGGAGGGCAAAUAUGUUCAACUGAAGAACAAUUCUGAUAAGGAUCAGUCUUUGGGUAAUUGGAGACUGAAAAGACAAAUCGGAGAUGGAGAAGAAAUUGCUUACAAAUUUACUCCUAAAUACGUCCUCAGAGCUGGGCAGACUGUAACAAUUUGGGGUGCAGAUGCAGGUGUAUCUCACAGCCCCCCUUCUGUUCUCGUGUGGAAGAAUCAAGGCAGCUGGGGCACCGGAGGAAACAUCCGUACAUACCUCGUAAACUCAGAAGGAGAGGAAGUUGCAGUGAGAAGUGUUACUAAAUCAGUAGUUGUGCGAGAGAAUGAAGAGGAAGAGGAUGAAGCAGAGUUUGGAGAGGAAGACCUUUUCAACCAACAGGGGGAUCCCAGAACAACCUCUAGAGGAUGCUCAGUGAUGUGAAGAAAGAAAAAAGAAACUAUUAUUUGCCUUUUUUCAUUUAUUUCCUUUUAUUUUUGCUAUUUUUUUCCCUCCAGAGCCACUGAAAACUAUUUUUAUAUGCAUCAUCUGAUUUCUUUGAAGUUUACUCCUUGGUACAUUUUUAUAAAAAAAAAUCAAAAAAAAAACCUUUACUGAACAAAACUGCCAGAAUUUUUAAUAGAUUUAUUUUUCCCUCUUUGUUGAAACACUAUAUUGGAAUACAGUAUUUUUCCCCAUACAGAGUUUAAAGUCUUAUGUACAAACCUGCAGCAGAAAAGAAAUUUUUAGCUAAAAUGGGAUGAGACUCCUUGAGUGUAUGGUAAACUUAAAAUUGCAUAUAUAACCAGUAUAAUUUAAAAAAAAAAAAGUUAAGAAAGUGUGUUCAUCUGCAGGGCUCCAGGAGAGAUUCACAGUAGUGUCUCCUCCUUAUUUUAAGAAAUAGCAGGGUCUUGCCUGGUAUCCUCAGCAGUGCCCAGCUUAGGAAAUUAGACCCCAAGUUAAUUAAAAAUGCUACUCCACCAGUGGAAGUAACAAAGGGAAGCUGCCGAUUUGACAUUCUUGGCUCAUGACCGUGGCACCUUGUCCUGCUCUGAGGUUUGACAGCCUAGUAGUAAAAACAUCUGUCAACACCUUAGCUCCAUAUCCUUAUUUCAGAAGGAGGAGAACAAUGGGUUCUGCUUCCUGAAUAUAUACACCAUCUGAAGGUAUGGAAGUGUCAAAACCAGAGUUUUAACUGUUUUUAUGAAAGCUUGUUAGAUCACGGAUGCAAGUUGUGAAGUACGGUAUUUAGGAUGUUAAGCAUCAUGAUUUAAUGCUUUUGACAUACUCGGCAUUAAACAAUAAGAUUUUAGAAGCUAAAAAUGUUUUUACUUUUGGCAGUGAUAAAUAUUGGGGAUUUUAAAGGUUAUCCUGUGUAAAUGUUGACUUUUUUUAAUCGGAGCUAGAUGCAGCUUGUUCAUACUUCUUGUAUUCAAAGGGUUACUGUCAGAUAUCUUAAGGAGCAGUAUUUGCAAAAUAGUACAGAAAUAGUGUAAUGACUUAAAAAAAAAUUAAAAGGAACUGCUGUUGUUCAGGACAUAAGCAUAGCCUUGCAGUGCGCAAAGUCAAGUCUUAGGGAGUGAAGGGAGAAUAAUGCUUUUUAUAAAAAACUGUUUUGUAUGAGUAGUAGGUGAUUUUUAUUUCGGUAUGAUGCAUUUUGUAUCUGACAGUGUCCCUUUAGCUUAAGGUUUCUUCUGCUGCAUUUCUGUGGAGAUAACUGACUCUCCUCGUGUUAGUAUUUAUACAGUGGUGCAUCUUUAAGCACUAGGAAAAAUACCUGACUGCUCCAAAGAAUGUACUGACUACUGUACAAGCAGAUGUUUUUUUUUCCACUAGUUAUUAGUUUGGAUACGAAAUUUGGAUACCAUUUUAUGCCAGCAUAGAAUCCUGUUUUUACCUGCACUCUUGAACUCUGAUCUUGUCAUUUGAAUAGUAUAGACUCAUCAAACAAGCUACAAGGUUUGGAUGUUUUCGGUGGCUUUUGGACAUUAUGUUCUCUGAACAGUAUUGUGACUGACAGAUAUAACCUAGAAAGUCAGUUUAGUGGCUUUGACUGAUGGCUUUGUAAUGCAAGCAGGGUGGGAACAAAAGGGGUUUUUUAAGCUUAUGGAUUUAUUUUGCCAUUUAAAAAUAAAUCAAAGAUGCUACUUUUCUCUAUUUGAGUGGGACAACUGAAUUACUGAGGUUAAACUAAUAGAAAUUUAGAAUUCUGUUUUUAAUCCAUUAUCAGAAGAUCCAUUAUAAAAAAGCAGUAUGAAGAUUUGGCUGUUUGGACUAAUGGGAUAACUUUAUUGAUGUACUUGGCCGUUUUUCUAAUGUAAUUUUCCCACUCUGCUUGAGUAGAAGGUUAAAUAUGUAGUAAAUCAUGUCUAUCUCUCUGUAAAAUGUAUCUAGUGAAAUUAUGUUUCUCAGACAUACUGUUAUCAAUUACCUUUUCUUAAAUUUGUUGUUAGGCAAAUUAAUGCAAUCAAUGUAAAAGUAUUUUUGCAGUGCACCUUCCAACCACUGGACAGCAUUUCCCUUUCUGACCCACAGCUUCUACAAUAGACUUACAUAAUGUUUGAGGGCUAUUUGCUUUUUUUUCCUAAAGAUCUGUAUUUAUUUUUUUUAUAUUGGCCAGUUUACAGAUUGCUUAUUCUUCUUUUAAGAUUGUCCUGUACAUUCAAGACUGUUCUGUGAUCUUAAAUACUAAAGCAGUAAGUGUAGUUAGUGGUUUUUGUGAUUUUUUUUUUUUUUUUUCUACUUUUUCUUUUUUUCCUGUGAAGAAUGGGCUAGGAAAGGCAGCUCAAAUAAGGAAAAACCCCUUGCUACCUGAGCCAUAGUUUUUUUUAACAGCUACUGUAUGGGGAGUGUGUCGUCUUGUAGCCUUAAGGACUGGUGCUUGUGGAUCUUUUGUGGUGAGCACUGUGCCCUUCAGUAACAGUCUGCAGAAUUUGUCCUUAGAUUUGGAACUGUGUCUUUCACCUUUGGAAACAGGUUAGUUUCUUCUUCAGUACCAUGUUUAGGUAUAUACAGGUGUUCCUGUUAAAGCAGUGACUGACACUGUGGGAAAAGCUGAAUGCCAGCAGUCUAAAUAUGGGUGAUGGUGUCACCACAGUGCUCUCUAAAAGGCUACUAAAAAUAAUUCCUAGCUGUAAAUUACAAGACACACAAAAACUACUGUAUUCCACGUACUUUUGUUUGUGUGGGCGUUCUUCUCUAGAUGCCAUCCUUUCCUCUUGCUUUUGAUGCUGAGCUGCAGCGUAACAAAUUAUCCCUUUAGAGCUGGUGCUCCCUAUGGGGAGCUUUUUGGCUUUACCAACCCAAAAAGCAUUGUUUCUUUUUUCCUGUCUUUCAAGGAUUAGGGUUUUUGUCAUCUUCAUGAUAAUUAAAGCUUUUUGUUCAAAUAAAAUCCAGUGUCCCCUUGCCCUCUUUUUCCCAUUUCAUCAUCCUGUAUGUGAACCGCUCUUGAAGAAUUUGGAGGAUAGUCAGCUUUUCUACUCCGGUGUCUGAUACUGAUGUAGAGCUUGAAGGAGAAACAGUUGACUUGUCGGGGGAAAAAUUAUUGUAAGGCUUCUCUGAUUAGGGAAAUUAACCAGUAUAACUUUUAUCAGAGUAGUUAGGUGAGUGUAACUACCCAUACGGAUUUUCUUAUUCCAGAAAAAUAAGCAAAUAACUUCAUUCUGGAUGGGGGGGAAAAAAAUAUCUGAAACUAUUCUCUGUGGUUAAGAGCAGAAAGGAAUAGCAGUAUAACUGCAGCAUAAUAGUUAAGUUGGCCUUUUCACUGUGUAGAUCAUAACAGAGUAUCAUAUAAAAUAUGAUAAAUGCGUACUACCUACUCGGAAGUUUGUACCGUAUGCAAAUGCUUGUGUCAGAACAAGUCCCUCCAUCUGCAGAACCAUCGGCGAUGUGGUGUCCCGCAGAGUGAGACAGGGUUACAGAGAACCUCUGACGUUUCAUGCCACUUCUUUCUCCUUUGCUUCUAUACUUGUUAAUUAGCUGUUGUGUUGCAGUGACUUAUUCUAAGUGGUAAAGUGGCUGUGAUUCCUUUGCCGUGCAGCUUUAUUUCCCAGUGUGUCUACUUAGGCUAGUUGGGGCCUGUAGCUCUGCCCUGACAGAACCAAUAGUUUACACUGAUGCACUGAUCACUUGGCUUCAGCACCGUUUCUAUUCAUUAAAUUGGAGUUUGCUGGCAGAGUUUGUGUUUGUAGCAGGAACCAAAAGUCUCAGGAAGAAAACAAAACAUCUGCUUCCCAUGACCUGCAGCGUAAAAGCCAGACAGGGUUGGCGGCAGCUUACACGAGUCAUGAGAACUGUAUUGCAGCGCAAAGCAGACUGUACUGUGAAAGGAGAUCACUUCGUAUGCAUGUUUGUCCUUGAGCAACAGGGCACCUCACGUUCUGUUCAGGGAUCUUACUGCGUUUUAUACGCCUGUUUUCUUUUUAAUGCUCAUCCUGUAUAAAGGCCCUUUAACUGCAACCUGGACAGAGGUUAGUUAGAAGAGGCAUUUAGAAAUCCUCUCUACACCCCAGAACAUUUGAGAAUCUGUUUCUUUUGUGUGCAUCAGAAAGAAUUCCAUGCUGUAUGAAAACAUGCAUGCUAUAUGUUUUCCAUCUCUUGUAGCCACUUCUCUUACUUCCUCACUGUUAAGCCACUCUCCUUCUUCUUUCUGUACCUUCUUUUGAAAGUCUUACUUCUAAACAAAGGCAUAUCCAUAUUUGAUACUGGAUUUUAUUGCCACUGUUGGGUCCAAACCCUGUGUGAGCAGGAGACAAAGCCUUGUUGUAAACCAGUGAGUGGAAGGUGAGAUAGUGAUUGCAUUUUUCAAAGCACUGUUUUAGCUGAAUGUCAAGACAAAUUAUGUUGGGAGAGUUUCUUUUCUCAUUUAAAAUGGCCUGGGAAACAGAAUUUUUAUUUGCCCUUCAAUAUGCUUAGCUUUAAACCAGUUUAAAAUAAUUGAAAAGUGUUUUGUUUUGUUUUUUUUUUAAAAUACAAGACCAUAUUUACAUGCAAUUAUUUGUUAGCAUAAUGCCUUUCUUGAAAUGCUAAGGUCUAGAGAGUGAAAAGGUUGCUUAAUAUUGAAAGACUCCGUUGAGAAUAGCACAAGCAGUGACUCGACUUGGAGUUCAGGUAAAUGUGUUAUAUUGAACCUCCAAAUUUUCUAGUUAGCUUUUAAUGAAGUGAUGAUUUUGUGUUAAGGUAGAUGUUAUUGUGUAUUCCAGCUACCCAAGUCAUCGUUACACUAAAAUUAAAUGCAGUGAGCUAUGAUAAACAAGUUUAAGCCAGAAUGCUUUCCAUUUGGGCACAAAAUACAGUUGAACUCUAUUUUCAUAACUGAUGCCUUGUGACUUGAAUUGUGAUUUUCUGUUUUGUUUUAACACAAUCUGUAUUUAGGUAGCUCUGUUUCUAGGUCACUGGUCAGUUUAACUGACUACCUCCAGUCAGCUGCUGCAGAUGAGGUUUUGGAAGGUUCAAGUUUUUAAAACAUGGAGUUGUGGAAAAGGCUGCAAAUUGAAAUACAAAGACAAAAUGAUGAAAAUGUUCAAAUGGGACUUAUGAAAACUAUGUAAUGAAUCUAGACUUUAUCAUUUCAAAGUGGGUUGGUUUUUUUCUUUUUAGAAUAUGCAUGCCAAACGUCUUGUCUUUUUCAAUGAUUUGUAAUAUACAUUUUAUGACUGGAAACUUUUUGUACAACACACUCGAAUAAAUGUUUUGCAUUUUC